AAUGUGGUAAUGACUACGAAUUAUCAACUGGAACAGGCAAUUUAAAAGCUCACCUUCGUCAAAUUCACAGAAUUUUGCCGCCUGAAGAAAAUAAUCAGAAUCAAUCAAUUAAAAUAGCUUCUAACCAACCAUUAUUACACGAUUUUAUAAAUAAAAAGACACCCUUACCUACUUCAAAGCAAGAUAAAAUCGCAAAUCGUAUUUUAGCCUGGAUCGUCGAUGAUCUUCAACCAUUUAAUGCUACUACAAAUAAUUGCUUUCGCGAUAUGAUUCUUGAAUGUGAGCCGAG